AUGAUCGACGAACAGGAUGAAAAGCCAGCGGGACACGGUCUCACGUGCUGGUUGUUGGAUACGCGAUCGAUAUGGCCCGGGGAGAAGAUUACAGAUUCGGAAUCUGCCCGAGAAGCACUCUCCCUCGUUAGCCCCGAAGAACAAGACCUCAUAAAACGCAAAUACCAUAUAGCAGACGCGCGAAUGAGCCUAGGGUCCGCCCUCCUAAAACGUCUCUUCGUCCACAAAACCCUCAACGUACCCUGGAAAGACAUCCUUUUCGGCCGCAAACGCGACCCCAAACACGGGAAACCAAUCGCCCUACUAACACCACCGCAACAUGGGCCCGCCCCCGUGGAAUUCAACAUCAGCCACCAAGCCGGUCUAGUCGCCCUCGUAGGCUGCGCAACUCAUGAACUCGACGCUGAAGUCGGCGUAGACAUAGUCUGCGUCAACGAACGGAACGAUUACCGCGUUGUUGACGAAGAAGGCUUCGACGGCUGGGUAGACAUGUACGCUGAGAUCUUCAGCACAGAAGAGUGUUUUGAUAUCAAGUACAAUGUCGAUCCUUUUCCUCUUCUCGAUGGAACAAUGGUCACGCAUGAGAUUCUGGGACGGCACGAUCGGUGUUGUCACCGUAACGAGCAUCUUAGCGUUACGCUCCCGAACGGAGAGCAGAGGGAGCUUGAUUCGGAUUUACUCAUUGAUGCGAAACUAAGACGGUUUUACACGUUUUGGUGCUUCAAAGAGGCGUACAUCAAACUUGAUGGCGAGGCGUUGCUCGCACAGUGGAUACCGCAGUUGGAAUUUAAGCAUGUGCGUGCGCCAAAACCGGGAACGCCGCCGCGGUGUAGUACACAUGGCACCUGGGGUGAGAGGGUCAGUGACGCGGAGGUUUGGUUCUCCAUGAAGGGCGAGGGGAAGGGACCUGCGGGUGUGCGGGGUUUGAAGAAAGGGGAAAGCAGGAGGUUGGAGGAUACGAGGGUGGAGAUUCAAGCGUUCGAAGAGGACUUUAUGAUUGGGGUUGCGGCGAGGGAGAAGAGAGAUCCGGCUAUUGAUGGAAGUAGAAAGAAACUGCCGGAUGUGUUGACGCAUUUUAGGGGGCUGCAUUUGGAGGAGGAUGUUAUGAGGAUUGCGAGGAGUGCAUAA